AUGAAGUUUCUCUGCCUCCACGGCUCCUAUGGGAGCGCCUCUAACUUCAAAAUCCAGCUUGGUCCAUUCACCGACGUAGUACAGAACUCAGGUUCCAGCACGUUCAAAUGGAUUGAUGGCGGGCACAAGGCCAUACCACCGCCUGGCUUUGAUGACUACUUUGGUGCUCCUCCCCUCUUUCGCUUCAUGGACUAUGACGGCGUCGGAGGCCUGGACGACAUGAUGGUCAAGAUCCGUGAUUUUCCUAAGGGCAUGACUCCCGAGGACACCAUCCGCAAGUUGCUGGGUGAAGACGACCUGUUUACGACUGAUGCUGUACACAGCGCUCUUGACAGGCUGCAUGAGAUUAUUGACCAAGACCCUGAGAUUGACGGAAUCCUAGGCUACUCGGAGGGAGCCACCAUCGCCGCGAGCUUGGUCCUUGAAGAACGGCGACGGUUUGAAGAAAAGGGAAUUCCCCGACGCAUCAAGGCUGCUAUCUUCUUCGCUGGAUGGCCUCCAAUCCGUCUCACCGAUGAGAACCGUGUCGAAUGCCUGCUGGCAGACGAAUGCGAGGAUAUCAUUGAUGUUCCCACGUGCCAUGUCGUCGGAUGCAACGAUCCAUACAUCCAAGGCGCCAUGGCACUCUACGGCAUGUGCGAUGAAGAUACCGCGGUUCUCUUUGACCACGGCAAGGGUCACACGCUGCCGAGGGAUACGAGAACCAUCAACGAGCUGGCCACGGCUAUC